AUGAACUUAUUUGGAAUCAAUUACAAAAACUUCACAAUUCGACUUGCAGAUGCUGGUGUUCAGAAGGAUGAUUGCUUCUCCAUCCCUCAACAUACUUUAAAAGUAAAUGAGUUCUACACAGACGGUAUUUAUAGUCCAGUUGAAGUGGGCUCUCAAUUAGCUUUCUUAACUUGCGCAAAUCCAAUACAGAGUGCUGUUAACAUUUUGGAUACUUCUUCUUGCAAAAGUGAGAGUACUGGAUUUCAUAAUUCUACGUUUGAUAUUACUUCUCCCAUCUCCCACGAUACGGAAGGUUAUUCCUAUGUCAUUGUUCAUGUUGAAAUGCUGACAGUUCUGGAUAUACCGGACUUAUGCCGAACAUCUGGAGGAGAAUUCUUCAAUCAACUCUUCAGUGACAUGAGAGGUUAA